AUGAGCCUCGACAUAUUUACUCUCCCCGACCCCACGGGACCAGUCCUCACAGUUUCUACCUUCACCCCCAUAAACACCGACAUGGACGUCACCGAGAUCAAGGUCGAGAACGAUCAGUCAAACAACGUGCGUCCCGGAGCCGCGGAGGAAUCACAGUCAACCUCUGCCCCAGUAAACGCGACUCCUCGCAAGCGAGGCCGGAAGAAGGCCGCGGACGGUGACGCAGACGCAGAUAGUACGGAGACCCCAGCUAAGAAGGGAAAGACUUCGCCCAAGAAAGGCUUGGGUCCUAUUCCAGCCUCUCCAGAAUCAGCCGGGUUGGCCGACAAGAUGGUUCUGCGGAUGAGAGACGAGGAAGGGCGUAGCUGGUCUGAGAUCACCAAUGUCUGGACGAGGAUGACCGGCAUCAAGGUUGAAGGGAGCACGCUGCGAAAGCGCUACACAGCCAUGAAGGCGAACUUCAUCUCCAUCAGUGCAGAAGAUGAAGCCAGGAUUCUCAAGGUGAAGAAAGAAAUUGAGGAGAAGUUCGAGCAGGAGAAAUGGCAUAAGAUCGCCGACAGUGUUGCUGCGGAUGGAGGAAACAAAUAUCCUGCAAGUGCAAUCCAGAAAAAGUUCAAAGAGCUGAACAAGAGGACUCAAGCUGCAGCAGCAGGUGAGGCUGAGGACUAG